AUGUCACGCCCCAUUAGUUUCUUCGUGAGAACCUUUCCCAUCGCACAAUCGGCCAGAGCCAUCCCGAGCCUUCAAUCCUUCAGCACCCUUGGCGCCAUUCUCUUGAAAACCCUCCCGCCCCGUCCAAAACCUCCCCCGGAUUCCGAAAUCGAAGAAUCAUACCUCAAAGGCAGCGGCCCCGGCGGCCAAAAGAUUAAUAAAACCAAUUCCGCAGUCCAACUCAAGCACAUCCCCACCGGCAUCGUCGUAAAGUCCCAAGCCACUCGAUCACGCAGCCAGAACCGCAAACAAGCUCGAGAGAUAUUGGCGCAGAAGGUGGAUGAAUUCGUCAAUGGCGACCAGAGCCGCUCAGCCAUAGUCGGAGCUUUAAAGAAGAAGAAAGCAGAUAGCGCGGCCAAGAAGAGUCGGCGAAAGUACAGGCAACUGGAAGAGGGAGAGGAAGAGGCCGACGCCGAAGUCGCCGCCACCCUCGAAGAUAGUCCGGACGAGAUUGUUAAACAAACUAGUGACACGGGUAAAGAGACAAGUAAUAGUCCCAGCAGUAGUACCACUGCCACCAAUAACAUCCAACCAGGGCAGGAUUCCCAACAUAGGCAUUCACAAUAA